CUUUACAUCACGUUCGUCUCUGCGCCUCCCGCGACUGCCUGCCCGCCUGCAUUCCCGCCCGUCACGAGGUUUCGCCCGUCACUGUCGCUUCGUUUCUUCGCGUUUCCGGCGGUCAGGCCCGUCCUUUCUUCAGCCCAGAGGUCUCCGGCCGGGCCUCGAAACCACUGUCGUCACCGUCCACCCAAACGCCACCGUCGACUCCUGCCUCGACACGGUUGUACCCGCUCCAAACGACCAGUUGAGCGCCCAGCACACGACCACCCACCGCGGAGAACAGCAUACACACUUCUUUCAUGCCGAGUCACGCAGAGACCGAUCACUGCCCUCACAUCACAAGUCCCCAACGCUGCUGCUGCAUGGGGGCGCGCUUUUGCUAAGGGAUGACCGCCCCUACUCAGCCCGACGACUCCAGGUCUCGACCACCAAUCCAACAUGGCCCAGAGGUCCUUGACAGGCACGAGUAUGAAGGGAAUCCGGAUGCCAGAUAUGUGGCGGCCAGAGAUCCGGCUCGCGUCAGUAUAGAUGAGAAACGGGAAAGCCCCUUGGCUGGGGACGCCUUGCCACGAUCACCAAAUCCUCUCAAGCGCCUGAGUGCGCGCCUCAGCAGUAAUCUGGUCAGUCUACGCGGCGGCGGUAGCCCGGAAAGGACUGGCACCGCUAGACCCAAGUUGAGUGCCGUCAAGCACGCCUCGUCACUCAAGCAAUCACCCGAGCACGGGUCCAAGAAAAAGAACAGGGAGGUGAGCAUUUCCCAAAGCUCGCCAGACAUUAUAGGCAACCCGGUGGUAGCCUAUAUGGAAGGCCUUACUCGAUAUCUGUCCCAGCAUGAACAGGGCUGGAAGGGCUCGCCUGAGGCCCACGUCACGACAGCACGUGCGCCUGGCGUCUCACCCGUUAUCGAGUCGUCGCCUAUAACUGCGACGCCUGCGGAUGACUUACUGACAACAUCGACCCAGUCAAACACAACUGUCAGGGGCGGCAUAACGCCUGGUCUCGUGGCUCGAACGCCAUCGUACCCGUUUCCCAGGAUGAACCCGGCCGGGCUCAAACUUGGCCAUGGACCCAUGAUGGCCAGCCCACAAUCGCAAACUCCCCUCCUCCAUUCCACUGGAGGUCAGUUUGCCAGCCACUUCUUGCUGCAGGAGCAGCUGCGAUCGGAUCCUUCCACCCCUGCUUCUGUCAUGACCUUCCAGCCCACUGGUCAUCCUGAGCCACAGCCAAAUUUCGACUACCCGUCCCCAAACCUGUAUGACCUAUCGUUACUGCUCGCGGCCGAGCCUGGUCUCGAUGCUUGGUGGAAUACUGUGGUCCAGAUCAUGACGGAACACUUCAAAGCGGAGCGUGUGACAUUGUCAAUACCUGCAGACAACACCGAUCUAGAGAAUGUGCCAUGGGGCCAAAAAGCCACAUUCAACGCGAGUGAGGAAGAUGAGCUCAGCAUGGGCUACAUGGGUCGAUCUAGCUUCGCACCACAGAGCACCGAGGAGGAGCCAGCUUCGACCCCGGAUCUGCCGCUGAAGAAUGAUCGCCCAGUGCGGCCGGACAUGUUCAGUCGACAUUCUUUUACGUCGUAUGAGAAGCAGAAAGGUGCCCAGGAUACGCAUACAAACUCAGCAGCAUCGCCUGCCCCCCAAUGCCCGGGGUCCAUACUUCGUAGCAAGAGCUUCUACCCCACGACGAAUGCCCCACGUCCAGCUUCGCCUCAUCCAGCCCUCAACAAGCGCGCUCUGGAGAAACAUGACGCCGAAGAAGAGAAUCAACCUAUGCCUUCAUGGGAAGCUCCAUUGUUCAUGGGCCGAGACAUGAGAGGCCGUGUACUUCCUAUGCUCCAGGCCCUUGAUCUGGAGGCAGAUCCUUUGAUAGAUCAUAACGGCAUUGCAAGAGUGAUUGAGCGAGGUAAAGUGAUUGCGCUAACGCGAAGCUACCCGUACUUGAACCCCUUCGAGGAUGAAAAGAAGAAGGGCCCACGCACCAGCUGGUCGAACGGCUCGUCGGAGUCGAAAAAGGGCUUGAGGAAGCAAACAACGUCAGAUUCAAGCACGCAGCUUUCAUCACUCCUCGACAGCGUCACAGCCUCGCAGACCACGGCCAAAGGCAGAAAGCUACCCCAGGAAAGAAGCAAAAUUACAGACAUUCUCGCUUCCAUCGACAGUGGUGCCCCGCGUCCCCCAACGCCGAAGUACGAAGAAUUUGAACAAACACCACCAUCCCCGUGGUCACAAUCUCCUGCACCAUCGCCUGCCGUGCGAUCCGAUCCUUCAGAAAACCCUUUCUUCACAGAUGCUGUCAUUGAUGAGGAUUCAUUCAAUCCUGGCGCGAGUCCACACGAUUAUACGGCGAUCCAAACUCCCGAGGCGAUUGGCGUAGACAAUUCUUGGACCGUGUUACAUGUCCCAUUGCACCAUAUCCUACUCUCCAAGCCUACGAAAGCAUUCAAACUCAACUCUGCCGCCCUGGGUCAAAGAAACGCAUCGCGACCUGGUGGCGCCAAAGCGCAAUCCCCGACGUCCGCCGAGGACACCCAGGAUCAGCCCCGUCCACCUGUGGCUAUUCUUUCUAUUCUGAGCCCUGUUAUACCCCAUUACACUAUGCUUGAAACCGAAGUGCUUGGGUUGGAUCGGAAACGACCUACGACAUCCGGCUUUGGCGGUGUGGAUCUGGACGGCAGGCCAUUACAGAAUCCUGCCUCGAUACGCAAUUUCAGCUAUGACGCAAUGUCCUCCCAGUACCACUCGCAGCUAUCGGCCACAGACAGUAUCACUAGCCCCAGUGAUUACUCGGCUAGGUCCAGGAGUAUUGCGGGCUCACCUGCCACUAUCACGCCAAACUGGGAGUCAAAAUCUUCCGGCUUUGCAGCAGAACGUCGGACUGCUGGAGUCAGCCCCGGGAUGGUGCCCGGCGACAGCUACUUUAAUACUCGCCCGCGUCAUGCCGGCCCUAGCGAUGACACCGCGCAAGAAGAUAUUGCGUCUCGUGGCAGCCGUCUGGCGAAGGAGACCUCCACCAUUGAACAUACCCAUCGGAGGUCUGGAAGCCUAAGACAGAUCCCUCAUACCCCGGCAGUUAAUGAGCCUGGCCUCGUAGACGCUAAUAGAGGUGAUGGAGAUGAAAAGUCUUCUACCCGGCCGUCAUCGAAAAGUUCUGCAGAACCCAAUAGCACGCACAGCGAAUCGGACCAUGCUCCGGAUUCUGACGACAAGCUCUUGCGACCUUCUGGUCACACUACUGUCGGCACACCGGGACAGAAACACACGUUGAUGCACUCGUACGGGGCAGACUUUGCUGCCACCUUCCAGUCUCUGCCCCCUAGUGCUUCUCUGCUAUCUAAGCCGACUACGUCCCACCCGCGCACUCAAACAGGGCCCACGGCGCAGUUCAGUAUGCUGCCGCCCUCAGAUCGGCUCAAAAGCAUCAUGCUGGAUAGCCUGCCAGUCCAUGUCUUUGUAGCACUCCCAGUAACAGGAGAAAUAGUUUGGGUCAACAGCAGGUAUCUUUUCUACCGAGGCCAGACAAUCGGUGAUCUUGUGGCCGACCCAUGGGCAAGUCUUCACCCUGAAGACAGGGAUGACUACAUACUGGCCUGGAGCGACUCACUCCGGUCAGGUAGCUCGUUUGAGCGGACAAUUCGACUCCGACGUUUCACUGGCGAUUACCGAUGGCACCAGGCAAGGGCGGUUCCUUUGAGAGACAAGCGCGGCGUACUGGUCCAGUUCAUCGGUUCCUACAUGGACAUUCACGACCAGCAUGUUGCAGAGCUCAAAAGUGUGCGUCAAGUUGAAGUCGAGGCCUCGGAAGCGAAGCAUCGUUUGCUAGCCAACCUUAUCCCUCAGAUCAUUUUCACCGCGACUGAACAGGAAGGCAUCACCUUUGCAAAUAACCAGUGGCUCUCAUAUACUGGACAGACCUCAGAGGCCACCCUUGGACUUGGUUUCAUGGACUUCGUGCAUCCAGACGACCUCGCCAAGUGCCGCCUACCAAGCAUUCGCAAUCAGAUGUCGUUCUUCCAAACAGAUGUAUCAAGCCCAGGCUCGAGCCAGACCGCGGGAAAGAGCUCACAAUCGGCAGAUGAAGAUCCCUCAAAUCUUUCGCGCAGCAGCACCAGCGACAAUACCCUCACACCUGAAUUUCAGUCUGGCGAUCUUGCCGAUCUUGUCAGAAAGGGAAUCAUCAAAGUAGCGACGGAUAGUGAUGGUCGCGUGUCAUACACAACGGAAGUCCGCCUACGCUCCAAGCCUGGCGACUACAGGUGGCACCUAGUGCGAUGCGUGGAGAUUGACAAUAUUGACUUUGGGAACGGCGUCAGCUCAUACUUUGGAUCAGCAACUGAUAUCAACGACCACAAACUACUCGAAGCCAAGCUUAAGGAGGCCAUGGAGUCUAAAGCGCGUUUCCUCAGCAACAUGUCUCACGAGAUUCGCACGCCACUGAUUGGUAUUUCCGGCAUGGUGAGCUUUCUCCAGGAGACUACGCUGAAUGAAGAGCAGCGGGACUACACAAACACCAUACAAACGAGCGCCAAGAGUCUUCUCAUAAUCAUCAACGACAUUCUAGACCUCUCCAUCGACGCAGGCAUGAUGAAGCUCAAGUUUGAGUGGUUUCACACUCGCUCUCUCAUUGAGGACGUCAACGAGUUGGUGUCCGCCAUGGCGAUUGCGAAACGGCUUGAGCUCAAUUACAUUGUGGAAGAGAAUGUCCCAUCAUGGGUGAAGGGAGACAAGGUCCGCAUUCGGCAGGUCCUCCUCAAUGUCAUCGGAAACGCGAUCAAAUUCACGUCGGAGGGAGAAGUUUUCAGUCGAUGUAGGGUGUGCGUCGAUGACUCUGCGACCUCGGACGAAGAUAGCAUCAUGCUUGAAUUCUCGAUAAUUGACACAGGACGAGGCUUUACCAAAGAGGAGGCCGACCUCAUUUUCAAGCCCUUCAGUCAGAUUGAUGGGAGCAGCACGCGCCAGCACGGCGGGAGUGGUUUAGGUCUGGUUAUCUCUCGACAACUUGUUGAGCUGCACGGUGGCCAGAUGAAUGGCACAGCUGUUCCGGGGCAAGGCUCGACUUUUACCUUCACCGCUCGGUUCGGCCUGCCAAGUGCAGAAGACCAUCCUAACACAAUUGGGACUCCUCCAAUGCUACCAACCGUCGCAACACCGGCUGCUGAUAAGCAUGCUCAAGCACUAAGACCCUUUUUACUCCAGCAGACACUGAAUGGUUUCAACACUGCCAGUCCUGGAUCCGACGUUGGAACGAUCUCGCCAGCUCUCAACUCGUCGGCAAGUUCCGACCCUUCAGUGCGGUCAUCCGCACGCACGGCACGCUCCAGUGUGUCAUCGGUCCAUGUAGGACUAGCACACUUUAGCGAAGCUGCAAAGGCGAGUGGGCAGGAUUUGUCUCAGAUGCGCUUGCAGUUGCCCUUUGAGAAGCCGCGGAUUCCAGGUACGCCGAUACAAGACGACUCGGAGAUACCACCACACUUCAGGCCACCUAUGUAUUCGAUUCUCGUGAUUUGCGCUCAGAAGCAUUCACGCGAAGCCACAACCAAGCAUAUAGAGAUGACGCUGCCGAAGGACGUGCCGCACCAGAUCACGGCUGUGGAAACAAGCGCGGAUGCGGAGAAGCUGAUUGGCGGGCACGAAUCAGUGACCUUCACUCAUGUCGUCCUCAAUCUCAGUUCCGCUGAAGAAGUCAUUGGCGUUGUCGACCGGAUUAUUGAAAGCUCAGGUGGUCGCACCUCCGUUCUCGUCCUCUCAGACUCUGUCCAAAGACAGUCAGUUCUCAAGCUGGCGUCUGAUCCAGCACACCAGCAACUCCUGGACGAGAAGCGUAUCACGUUUGUCUACAAGCCUAUCAAGCCAUCACGUUUCGCGGUCAUCUUUGAUCCUGCGAAUGAACGCGAUCUAAGCGUGGACCUCAACAGGUCAAGCGCAGCACAGAUGGUGGAGAGCCAGAAGCAAAAUUACAUUGAUGUCGAAAAGAGGAUCGGCAACAAGGGCUAUAGAGUAAUGCUCGUCGAGGACAAUCCCGUCAAUCAGAAGGUCCUGGUGCGCUACCUCAAGAAAGUUGGAAUUGACGCCGAAAUUGCUGCGGAUGGUGUCGAGUGCACGGAGAAGGUGUUUUCGCAUGGCUCGGGAUACUACUCUUUAAUCUUGUGUGAUUUACACAUGCCUCGGAAGGACGGUUACCAAGCAUGCCGCGAAAUGCGAGCUUGGGAAGCAAAGGAGGGCCACUCGAAGCUUCCGAUCAUUGCACUCUCCGCAAACGUCAUGUCCGAUGUGCAAGAGAAAUGUAUCGCAGCCGGGUUCAGUGACUACGUCACGAAGCCGGUCGACUUCGUCGACUUGAGCACUGCCAUGUCGAAGUUUAUAUGA